CAGACACAUUAUCCUCUCAGGCUUUACUUAAGCUAUCUGCUGCAUCUUUUCAUAUUUCUGAUCCCGCAGCACUAAAAUGACCUUGACCCAGGAGCCUAUUCUGUCUUUUUUACUGGAACACGGAGGCAAAGUGAGGACCUCUGAGCUGCUGAACAACUUCAGGAGUCACAUCAGCUGCAGAGAUCCCGCGGAAAAGCAGCACAAUAGGGACCUUUUUAAGAAGUUGCUGAACAGCGUCGCUGUGGUCAAACAGAUAGACGAGGUGAAGUUCGUGGUUGUGAAGAGAAUGUACCAGGACUUCGUAAAAGAUUUGACGCACGAUCACAUUCCCAAGUGCAUCAGCUAAAAACUAUCAGCUUGGGAAGCAAAGUUUCUUCAAGAUCCGUGCCGGCUCUGAAUUUGGCAGCUUGCAAGAAGGAUGCGGCGAACAUGCGGACACACGCGGAGAGACACGCCAAACAUGUUUUUCUCAACUGUAGUUGUAAUAACAAUACUGCCUGAAGCAUGUCCACUUCCACUGAGAUUUUCUCAUCUGAUCUCGAACUCAUUUGGACCUUGCAUUGGUUCCUUAAUGUGGCUGUGUAAAGACUGUGGUGCUGAGGCGUCUAAAAGAUCAGAAAUUCUUAAACAUUGCAGAUUAAGUCGUCAUCAUUUGGGGCGUGGCCAUUGUAUUAAUUGCGUGUAUCCAAACUGUCCAUGCAUUUUUAAGACUUGGAAUUCACUUUUGACACACUUAUCCAGGAAUCAUUGUAAUGCUUUAAAGUGCUCUGACAAAUUUACUUUGUCCUGUCAGUUAUGUGGUUUUAGUGAACUUGGAACAGAGCGUGAUUGUUUUGCACAUAUAACCCAGCAUUUGAAAAACUAUGAGACAGUUACUUGUAUGUUCAAAGGCUGUUAUUACAAAUCCAACAUUUACAGUACAUUCAAGUCACACAGAAGUCGUAAGCACAGCUUACAGUUGGUGGCAGAUUUUAAAGACGAAGUAGUCAAAGAAAGUGUUGCAGCUGAAACAGCAGAGCCUGAUGUUCAAGACAAUGAGGAAUUCAGCAAUAGCAGUCAGUCUGAUGAUAUAAGUACAACACAGGAUCAGAAAGAUAUAGUAGAACAAAAACUUGCAGCUGUGUUAUUAAAACUUGGAAAUAUUUUUCAUGUGCCCAGUGCUGCAUUUGAUGAAUUGCUGGAAGAACUGCAGUAUUUGUUGAGCACAGCGUGUUUUCAUAGUACAACAAAUUUAAUACAAGACACACUGAAUAGUUAUAGUCUGGAACCACUAGCUCAUGAGUGGUUGGUGCAAUGUGCAGCUGGACUCUGGGGACAUGUAUAAGGCCUGCUGCUGAGGGACACAAGCUUGGCCCAGAAGAAAGACUUCAUGUCAGGCUUCACUGCUCUGCACUGGACUGCCAAGGAUGGAAACAGCCAGAUGAUGCAUGAGAUCCUGGACUUCUGCAAGAAAAGAGGCACAUGUGUGAACAUCAACAGCAAAGCACAUGGAGGAUAGGUGAUUCCCCUAAUGAUGCACAACUUCACCCUAAUCAUGUAUUUAGAAGUUCCAUCUAAUGACGUGUGGAUUUAAAAUCAUAGUUUCAGCAAUACAUGUAAAAUCUGUUGGGUUGCAGAUGUGAAGUGUGUCCAAAUCAUUAGUCAACUGACACUAAAGAAGAGAUUUAAAAAAAGCACCUGAACUCAACAUCAGAACACUUUUAGCAGAGGUGGGGUUUUUUUUUAGCAGUAAAGGUGGAUUGGAUUGUCCUAAACUUGUUAUGUGAUCAUCAUAGCACUCAUUUAAGAGAGUAUUUGGGAAGUACAAGGGAGUUUUAAGGUUUUGUUCACUAUGUUUCAGACUAUAUGUGUUGUGCACAAACUUAUUUCAGCGCAAAAAACAAAGCAUGUUUUAACUUUCUUUGUUUUCCUAACAAUUUGCUGUUAUUUUACAGAUCCUAACCACAACUUUGUUUUUAAAAAUCAAAGUGAAUAUCCAGUAAAAUGUCAAAUAAAGUAACAAGACAACAACAACAAAAACCCAAUACAUAACAAACAACUACAAAAAACAAUACAUAACAAACAAACAAACACACAAAAAGUCCACAUCAAAAAUCAAUAUUUUUAUAAAUGGUAAAUUCUUUAACAUCAGUUCAUUGUAAAAUUACAUCAUUUCUUACUGUAUUUAAAUCAGGAAAAAAUAUGAUCAUUUUGGAGAUAUUAAGUACUAAUUCGCAUGUUGACUUAAAAAAAAUUAAAUAAAAACACAAACGGAAAAAAACAUACCCUAACCCUAAUCCUGCUGUGUUUGAUAAAUUAUAGAUAUUAUCUAGUAAAAUCUAGAUAAAGUAUAAAAUAAAAACAGGCCAAAACUGUACAUAAUAUCCACAUCAAAAAGUGAUAUUUUUACAAAUAGGAAUUUGUUGUUUUACAACAUAAAAUUAUGCUUAUUUUUCUACAUUUUACUUCGCUAAAGAUCUCAAUAUUUUACAGAUAUUUAUCAUUACUAUAUAUAUAUGGGGUUGUUUUUCGUUUAUUUGUUGUUGUUUUUUUUUUUACAGUUUUUGACCAUUAUACCAUAUUUUUAAUGUGUUUUCCUGGCAUCCUUUCUGAACAGUAUUUUUUUAAACGUUGUAGGUAAUCUUUAAUUCAAUGUCCAAAACACACCCUCUGAGUCACUAAAAUAAGAAACAAAACAAGGAAGAAGACGAGAAACCAGCUGACACACAGUAAGUCAAUGAGUAAAUCCUCCUCCACAUAACUCACCUCUGUGUGGAAACAGAAAAGUUUAAUUCCUGGCCAUUCACAGAUUACACCUCAACAUUAGUGACUGGAAAUGAAGCAGUGAAACCAGUUUCACAUAUUUGACUGAGAUAAAUGUGUGUCAUGGACAGCAAUCCUUCUGCACAGUGUCAUACCUCUGAAGCACCACUAGAUGGCGAUGAUGUGCAGCCUUAAAGUGUAUAUUUCCCUGAGAUCCAUGCAGAAUGUUCUCCCUUUGUUGUGGAAUUUUUCUUCAGACAGUAAAUUAACACUAAAUAUUUGGACACUGUUCAUACAUAUGCAUUUUUUGCAUCCAACCUCCUGCUAAGGAGAUGCUGUUUUUAUUUGGAGGGGGAAGGGGAGUGCUUCAUUCAAGAGGUUUAUUAAUCUUCAGUGACCUUAUUUUCUCACCAGAUGAUCUCACUGCUAACCAAGAUAAUCUGUAGUCUCUGAGACAUCAGGCUUACGAUACACUUCUGCGUGCUUCUUCACAACCCAAAAUCAUAUCUGCAAUUCCAUGAGCUCUGAUUCCAAUUCUGAUAACAAGGCAAGGAUGGUGAAAAGUGAUACUAUUAUUUUAACCAGUUUGAAGUGUUAUUAAAAUGUCUCUAAAUGCAUCAGCAUUGAUUGAUUUGUAAGACAUUAUGUGUUCAAUUUUUCUGUCUGCUGUUAAUUACUUAAUCACAUUUCAGCAUAUUAAAACAAGAGGUAGUGUUUAAUGGUUAGUAAGAACAAUGGUGUGUGAAUGUUAAUCAACACUGUGACCACUGAGCACAUGCAUACAACAGCAACGAAGCAAAGAGCUCAUCCACUAAUAAGCGAACGAGAUUUAUUUUAUUUUAUUUUUUGCAUGACAAAGAACGAAUUACAUCUGUCAAAAGAAAGAGUUUGGAUGGAGACAUUAUUCAUAGUUUUGUCCUGUAUUUUGUCAAAUCAUUUUUAUUUGCUUAUUUAUCCCAGUGCAAAUAUGUAAAAUAAGUUUUGAUUUAAAAUGUUUAUUCAUAAUGUUAACACAUGUUGAGUCCAUGUUUGCAGUUUUAAUAUUAAGACAUGUUGAAUCCACAUC